GGCGACGGCGGCGACUCCGCGCGGUGGGCCGGGCAGUAUUUAGUGUUGUGGGCGGUGGAAGUGGUCUAUCCCGGAGCAGAGGCCGGUGCAAGCCGGGAGGACCCGCCGGAUUAUGGAGGGUUCCUUCGUACAGCACAGCGUGAGGGUUCUGCAGGAACUCAACAAACAGCGUGAGAAGGGCCAGUAUUGCGACGCUACGCUGGACGUGGGGGGCCUGGUGUUUAAGGCGCACUGGAGUGUUCUGGCCUGUUGUAGCCAUUUCUUCCAGAGAAUCUAUGGCGAUGGCUCAGGGGGCAGCGUUGUCCUCCCUGCAGGUUUUGCUGAGAUUUUUGGCCUCCUGUUGGACUUUUUCUACACUGGUCACCUCGCCCUCACCUCAGGGAACAGGGAUCAGGUACUCUUGGCAGCCAAGGAGUUGCGGGUGCCAGAGGCUGUGGAGUUAUGCCAGAGCUUCCAGCCCAAAACCUCAGUGGGACAGGCACAGAAUGGAGCGGGGCAGCCUACCUCCCACGAUGUGAAAAGCCACCUCACAGAGCCAACAGACUUGGAUGAGGAGGAAGUUUUCAGGACUCUGAGCCUGGCGCCUGUGGAUCAGGAGCCCAGAGAUGGUCAGCAGCCUCAGCUCAACCCUCCUGUUCAGAACAGCCCCUCCUUCCUCUGCGGGAAACUCAAGCAGGCUCUGAAGCCUUGUCCCUCAGAGGACAAGGAGUCUGAGGACUGCAAGGAGCCCCCAAGGCCCUUCGAGACUGAAGGUGCUCCGCUGCAGGGCGAGAGCAAUGAGUGGGAAGUAGUGGUCCAAGUUGAGGACGACGGGGAUUACACUUCUGAGCCUGAGACUGUGUUGACCAGGAGGAAGCCAAAAGUCAUUAGAAAGCCCUGUGCUUCGGAGCCAGCCCUGGGUGCAGGUUCCUUGACAGCUGAGCCCACUGAGAGCAGAAAAGGCGGGGCUGUGCCUGUUGAAUGUCCCACGUGUCAUAAAAAGUUCCUCAGCAAAUAUUACCUAAAAGUCCACAACAGGAAACACACUGGGGAGAAACCCUUCGAGUGUCCCAAAUGUGGGAAGUGUUAUUUUCGCAAGGAGAACCUCCUGGAGCAUGAAGCCCGGAACUGCAUGAACCGCUCAGAACAGGUCUUCACAUGCUCCGUAUGCCAGGAGACCUUCCGCCGGAGGACAGAGCUGCGGGUGCACAUGGUGUCUCACACAGGGGAAAUGCCAUAUAAGUGUUCCUCAUGCUCCCAGCAGUUCAUGCAGAAGAAGGACUUGCAAAGCCACAUGAUCAAGCUGCACGGAGCCCCUAAACCCCAUGCAUGCCCCACUUGUGCCAAGUGCUUCCUGUCUAGGACGGAACUACAGCUUCACGAGGCUUUUAAGCAUCGUGGAGAGAAGCUAUUUGUGUGUGAGGAGUGUGGGCAUCGGGCCUCGAGCCGCAAUGGGCUACAGAUGCACAUCAAAGCCAAGCACAGGAAUGAAAGGCCUUAUGUCUGUGAGUUCUGCAGCCAUGCUUUCACCCAGAAGGCCAAUCUCAACAUGCACCUCCGAACACACACAGGCGAGAAGCCUUUCCAGUGCCACCUCUGUGGCAAGACCUUCCGUACCCAAGCCAGUCUGGACAAGCACAACCGCACCCACACGGGUGAGAGGCCUUUCAGCUGUGAAUUCUGUGAGCAGCGCUUCACUGAGAAGGGGCCCCUCCUGAGGCAUGUGGCCAGUCGCCACCAGGAGGGCAGGCCCCACUUCUGCCAGAUCUGUGGCAAGACCUUCAAAGCUGUGGAGCAGCUACGAGUGCAUGUCAGGCGACACAAGGGUGUGAGGAAGUUCGAGUGCACGGAGUGUGGCUACAAGUUCACGAGGCAGGCUCACCUGCGGAGGCACAUGGAGAUCCACGAUAGAGUGGAGAACUACAAUCCACGGCAGCGCAAGCUCCGAAACCUGGUCAUUGAGGACGAGAAGAUGGUAGUUGUGGCUCUCCAGCCACCCGCAGACAUGGAGGUGGGCUCUGCAGAGGUCAUUGUGGAGUCCCUGACCCAGGGUGGCCUUGCCUCCCAACUCCCUAGCCAGAGACUAUGUUCAGAGGAGAGCUUUGCCAGCCCCGGCGUCCUGGAGCCCUCACUCCUCAUCACAGCUGCUGUCCCUGAGGACUGUGACACAUAGUCACCCGCUCCCAUUUGGCCCCACUGACAAAUAAACGUGACAGUCACUUGU